CAAUGGGUUUGGUUUUUUUUGGUUUUAUAGUACCUGAUUGUUCUGUCUUGUAGAAGGCAUUCUGAACUGUAGUGGCACACCCCUGCCCCCAUACACUCUGCUGAUGGCGCCACACUCCUUCUGUUCUCAAAGCUGCUUUUCUUUUCUCAUGAAUGGAGCGCCACUGGAAAUGGCUGUAGAAAUAGGAGACGUGGGGAGAGGCCAGAAAGGGAAAGAUUUUAGAAUCUUUUUCCAGAGUCUUUUGUGCCCAGGAAAGGUGAAGCUGUAUGGGUCCUUGUUUCGAGACCCUGAGCGAGUGCUGUGGUUUGAGACUGAGGAGGUCCUGGAGGACCAGCCUGGUGUCCUUGCUACCCUCUCUGAGGGACUGGAUGAUCAAACCCCAAACAACGCGUGAACAGACUCUGGGACACAACUCAUGGUAAAGUUAAAUUGGAGACUGUGCAGUUUUGAUAACGAUGAGUAGAUUUCUUUUUAAUUUGGUUAUAUUCUCAUUUUUGUACAUUCUCACUCAGCCAGUACAAUAAUUCAGUGUGGUAGCAGCUUACAGAAUUAAGACAGAAAUCAGUAGCCUUAACUGAAUGGGAAAGGACGCGGGGACUUUCCAGGGUGAUAGGAGUGUUCUCUGUCUUGACAGAAUGAUACGUUUUCACUCUAUGGAACAUGUACCUGAGCAUAUAAGCACAGGACACUAAAUAGCCUUCAUGUAUCAAGUACACUAACCAGUUAGAAACUAUAAGAGAAGAGAAAAUCCCAGUUACUGUGGCCACAAAAAAGAUAAUUAGGAGUAAAUUUGACAAGAGUGGAAAACCUAUAGAAAGAGUACUCUUAAAUGCUCUGGAAAGACACCGAGGUAGACUUGAACAAAGGGAAGGACAUUCCUUGUCCUUGGAGCGCAUGACUCAACAGCCUAAAGAUGCCAAUUUCCCUACGUUAAUUUAUAAAAUUAAUGGAAUCCCAGUAAAAAUAUCAACAAAGUCUUUUCUAGAGCCAGCCAAGCUGCUGUUAAAGUUUAUAUGCUCAUAAAGUUCUUGCAAAUAAAUAUGCAAGAAUAAUUCGGGAAGUGCUGGAGAAAGAAUUAAUGGGAGAUGACUAGCUUCUAGAUAGUAAUUAAAAGCUAGUAAAGCCUUUAUACCUGAAGCAUUGUGUUAUUGGACAUGAGUAGCCAGGCACACCUGGGAACAGAAUAGAAAAUUGAGAAAUAGAACCAAGUGCAAAUGGAAGCUUGGUCUGUGAUGAAGUGGGAAAUCUUAAAGUGCUGGGAAUGGACUUUUAUAUCAGUAAUAUUGAGACUAUUGGAUGGCCACUGGGAAAAAGAUAAAGUAGAUCUUUACCUCAUACCAUACAGAAAAAUUUAGAUCAGAAAUCUCAGCUGUAUCUAUUCUGUUUUCCACUGGAAACUAAUGCCAGAGUUGAACGCUCUGCAGCCCAUCACAAGUACUGGCUGACCUGUGUAUCCUCCUCAGAUGGGUUAGGACUUGCCCGUGCAUUUUCCACGCACAGUGGGACUCAGGAGCCCUCCUCUGGGCCUGGCUCUGCAACACACAAUGACACCUGGUCUUGGGCUCUCACCGGUAGACCACCAAACUCUCCUUCCAGAAUGGUGAGGGGCCCACCCGUGGUCUCCGUGGCCCUGUCCCCCACUCUUAGAUCUUUAGGCGGCCCUAUCUUCACUCUUGCACAAGGUGAUGUGACCCUUAUUUCUAAAUGUGGGAUGCUUACACUUCUAAACUAUUUUGUAGCAUCCCAUAAAAUGCUUAUAAAAUUCCCAGGGCUUUGUGGAGAUGAAUUUUAUGGAAACCGUAGCUCUGCCAGGUGGUGCCCUAUUGAACUGACGGUUUGGUGUUGGCUUCCAGGGUGCUUGGUUUUAAAACUUGGUUUGGCAAAUCAAUACUUGUCUUUAAAGAAACGCAGAGUAUUUGCUGACAGGAGUUGAUUUUUUUAUUCUGGUAGCUAACUUAGCCUUGGUUAAAGUGACUGUUUAGAAAAUGACCUAAACUUUUUAAAAAGCUUUGCUGCUUUUGGAAAUUUUGAAAACUUGCGUUGGUGUUACUACCCAGAUUGAUAAGAUCAGUGGAUAAGUCCAGGGAGGUAUGCAACACUUGGUAGAUGCUUAUACUCAUGAACUGCCACUUAAGUACGAGCGGACAGAAGGUGCUAACCCUGUUUGUCGUUUCCAUCAAUAUAGACGACAGCGACGUUCCCCGUGUAAAAACUGUGUACUGUGCCCGCAGCGUUUGCACUGUUUCUGCAAAGGAAGCCAGCUGUGUUCAUGCCUAGACUACUUGAAUAACAGAUCAACCAGUCACUCGAUGGGGAUUCACAGAGGACCACCCUUUUGUGUCACCGUCCCACCUCUCUGUAGCAAGAAAAAUAACUUCAGCACCUCUUCAGUAAUAAUGAUGAAACUGGUAUUAACUGAAUGGCAAUUAUGGAUUUUUAACUCUAGUUCACAGUAAACCAGCAAGCCAUAUGUUUAAAGUCCAACCAAAAAUCGUUUUGUUUUGCGACACGCCUCCUACGACUGUGAGAAGUUGGAAAUACCUAUUUGUUACAAAGAGGGAUAGAAGUAUUACUUGCCGAAGGAACACACCCGAAGUGGGAAGAGAAGACGUCUUAAUUUAUCAAUAAAGAUAUAUGAUAGUGUUAUUUAUAUAGGUAGAGUAAAUAUAUAUACAGAUAUAUAUAUAUUUUUUUGAUGGUGAUGAGAAUGGCUCCGCAGAAUGCUGAUCCAGAAUCUCUGCAAGUUCAAGAGUUAGCUGUGCCCGUGCCGGCCCUGCAAAAGCGCGAGAGCAAGGAGGCGGAGAACCGUGACGAGACCGUUAGCGAAGGGUCUAUUGACCGGAUCCCCAUGCGCCUAUGGGUGAUGCAUGGGGCGGUGAUGUUUGGCAGGGAGUUCUGUUAUGCCAUGGAGACGGCCUUGGUCACGCCAGUCCUGUUGCAAAUUGGCCUUCCGGAGCAGUACUACAGCCUCACCUGGUUCCUGAGCCCCAUCCUCGGCCUCAUGUUCACCCCGCUCAUCGGCUCGGCCAGCGACCGCUGCACCCUGAGCUGGGGCCGCCGGCGGCCUUUCAUCCUGGCGCUCUGCGUCGGAGUCCUGUUCGGCGUCGCGCUUUUCCUCAACGGCUCGGCCAUAGGUCUGUCCCUCGGCGAUGUCCCCGGCCGGCAGCCCAUUGGCAUUGUCCUGACGGUGCUGGGGGUGGUGGUCCUGGAUUUCAGUGCUGACGCCACGGAGGGGCCCAUCCGCGCCUACCUGCUGGAUGUGGUGGACAGUGAGGAGCAGGACAUGGCCCUCAACAUCCAUGCUUUCUCUGCUGGCCUCGGGGGUGCCGUCGGCUAUGUGCUGGGCGGCCUGGACUGGACCCAGACCUUCCUGGGCUCCUGGUUCCGGACGCAGAACCAAGUACUGUUCUUCUUUGCGGCCAUCGUGUUCACCGUGUCGGUGGCCCUCCACCUCUUCAGCAUCGAGGAGGAGCAGUACAGCCCCCAGCAGGAGCGCGGCGCUGACGAGACUGAAGCCCUGCCGCCCCGCGCCAGCACCUCGGAUGGCAGUGGGCAGUACGGUGUGGCACUGUACCCAGACGAGGUGCAGUCGGAGCAUGAGCUGCCCCUGGACUAUCUGGAUGUGGACAUCGUGCGGAGCAAGAGUGACUCAGUGCUGCAUGUGCCGGAUGCGGCACUGGACGUGGAGCCCCCUGAGCUCUUCCUGCACGACAUCGAACCCUCCAUCUUCCACGAUGCCUCCUACCCCAGCACGCCGCGCAGCACCAGCCAGGAGCUCACCAAGGCCCGGCUGCCCCGCCUGCCCACCUUCCUCAGGGACGGCGCCCAGGAGGACGCCAUGCUGCUCAACCACCACGUGGAUGAGGCCAAGGUCCCCAAUGGCAGUGGCUCCCCACCGAGGGAUGGCCUCAGUAGCUACCCCUGCCUUGACCUAAAGCCCUCGGCCGCAUCGGGCUCCAUGCGCCGCCGGCGGCACGUGUUCCGCCGGCAAGCCCCCAGCACCUUCUCCUACUAUGGCAAGGUCGGCUCCCACCACUACCGGUUCCGGCGCGCCAAUGCGGUGGUGCUUAUCAAGUCCUCCCGCAGUAUGAACGACCUAUACGACCUGCAGAAGCGGCAGCGGCAGCGGGGCCGCCACCGCAACCAGAGCGGUGCCACCACGUCCAGCGGGGACACGGAGAGUGAGGAGGGCGAGGCUGAGACGACGGUGCGCCUGCUCUGGCUGUCCAUGCUGAAGAUGCCCCCGGAGCUGAUGCGCCUCUGCCUCUGCCACCUGCUCACCUGGUUCUCUGUCAUUGCUGAGGCAGUCUUCUAUACCGACUUCAUGGGCCAGGUCAUCUUCGAAGGCGACCCUAAGGCGCCCUCGAACUCAACGUCCUGGCAAGCCUACAAUGACGGGGUAAAGAUGGGCUGCUGGGGCCUGGUCAUCUAUGCUGCUACCGGUGCUAUUUGCUCAGCUCUGCUACAGAAGUACCUGGACAACUAUGACCUGAGCAUCAGGGUGAUCUACGUGCUGGGGACGCUGGGCUUCUCUGUUGGCACGGCCGUGAUGGCCAUGUUCGCCAAUGUCUACGUCGCCAUGAUCAUGAUCAGCACCAUGGGUAUCGUCUCCAUGAGCAUCUCCUACUGCCCCUACGCCCUCCUGGGCCAGUACCAUGAGAUCAAGCAGUACGUCCACCACAGCCCCGGGAACUCCAGGCGCGGCUUCGGCAUUGACUGUGCCAUCCUCUCCUGCCAGGUCUACAUCUCCCAGAUCCUGGUAGCGUCAGCGCUGGGGAGCGUGGUGGAUGCUGUGGGCACCGUCCGCGUCAUCCCCAUGGUGGCCUCCGUGGGCUCUUUCCUGGGCUUCCUGACGGCCACGUUCAUGGUGAUCUACCCCGACGUGUCCGAGGAGGCCAAGGAGGAGCAGAGGGGCCUGUCGGCCCAGCCGGCCAGCGAUGGCACCGCGAAGCCCAUGGUCCUGAAACUCUCGCGGAAAGAGGGCCCCCAGGGACCAGUGGAGACAGAGUCCGUGGUCUGAGCAGCACCCCAUUCACACACAUUCCAUGCGGGCAGGCUGGCGGGCCGGGAGUGGGGAGACGGAGCAGGAUGGACGCAGCCACCGAGGAGCCACCCGCACAUGUGGGGAAGCACGGAGCUGUAGGGUAGGUUCUGGCCACUAGGCAGAAAUCCCACACUAUAAAUACUUUUUCCACAAUUAAAAAAAAAAAUCAUUUGAAGUAUUUUUUAAAUUGAAAAAGGCCUUUUAAUUUCAACUUCUGUGUUCUGUCCUGCAGGUGUAUUAUCUGCGUGGUUUUAAAUUACAAAGCAGAUUUACAGCAUAAACAGUGAGCACUGUAGGAAGGAAGACUUUGCGUUCCUUAGAUGGCAAUUGGAAACGUAGCCAACCUGCCUCCCUUCGCUGUGUCCUACCUGAGUACUUCAGGUUAACAGCCAGGCCGGCAGUGACUAAAACAUUUCCGUCAGAUUUUCCUCCACAGAUGCCCACAGGUAUUUAGACGUUCAGUCAGCUCUCGCCACGUUUUGUUGGUGCUGCAACCGUUAGAAAGUAUUUUUCUUUGAUUAUUCUAGGAAAAACGUUUUUUUCCAAAGCUGUGGUUUUCUUAGAAGAACAGCAUCUCUUCUUUUCUCCCACAGUCUGGCGAGUCGUGCACGGGCUGCCCUUACCCAGGCCGGGGGCGGUGGUGUCGGCCGCAAACCAGGGUCACGGGGGGGAGGCAGGGCCCCAGUGGAUCUCGUGGGUGGAGAACGGCUGCCGGUGUGCGGGGAGAGGGCGUUUCCAACAAGCAGCUUUGCCCCUUCGUGCCUGCAAGUGUGUGAGCGUGUAUGAGCGUGCGUGCGAACGUAUGUGUGUAGGUAUGUGUGUCUGUCCCGCCACCUGCCCAAGGUCAUCUCCAUGUGAGGCACCCUCCAAGGAGGCCAGCCAGGCACCGCCUCCAGCCUGUUUCUCGGAGCAGACAGCCCUGUCUGGGGAAGGAACGUGUUGACUCUAAUUGCACUUUUAGCCCUUUUAAGACCGUUUGAGGGGAAAUCAUGAGAGCAGAGCUCCUGGCACAGCACUGCCCUUGAAUGUCACGCCGCAAAGGCCUACCUCGGGGUGGGGGCAGCCGGCCUGCUGCAGGGGGCUUGGGCUCGGCCCCAGAGAGCAGGCGAGUGCAGAGGGCCUCUCCCUGGCAGUCGGGGGGCGCACUGGAGCCCUUCUGGACUCUCCCGAUGUCUGCGGCUGCCCACCCGCUCACCACUGCUGGGAUCGGGGCUGCCGUGAGCUCCCGGGGGCGCCCCUCACCUGGCGGCCCCUUUCGCAAUAUUUCUGGUCUCAUCACGGAGCAGACCUGGACCUCGUGGGAGCACCGUCAUCGCCUGCUGCUGCUACGUGGAAGGAACUGUUUUCAAACCACAAUCUCUGAGCAGUGGACGCCGUCAGCUGAGGCGGUCAGUCUAGGCUCCCGGGUUCAGGAGCGGAGGAGGCCGCCUGCACAUCCCAGCGAGUCCGUGAAGACUGCCCUCACACUUCCGCUGCCUCAACUCGGUGUUUUUUAAAUAAGAACUUUAAAGUGCAUGGGAAUCAUGCUGCAAUAUGAUCGUUCUAAAGCAAAUAUAUAUUUCAAGAUG